CUGAGCCUGAUCAAAUAAGCUCGUUAUCAGGGAAUAUGAAGAAUAGAGAAAGCAUCCAAGAACCUAGAUUUGAUUAUUACAACCAUCAAGUUCCUGAUAUAGACCUCAGUGAAUGUGAGUUCCCACACGUCAUUGAAAUUUAUGACUUCCCCCAAGAAUUUCGUACAGAAGACCUUCUCCGGGUUUUCUGCAGUUACCAAAAGAAAGGAUUUGAUAUUAAAUGGGUAGACGAUACACAUGCCCUAGGAGUAUUCUCCAGUCCAGUUACAGCUCGUGAUGCUUUGGGUAUUAAACAUACCAUGGUGAAGAUCAGGCCCUUGUCACAGGCGACAAGAGCAGCCAAGGCCAAAGCUAGAGCUUAUGCUGAGUUCCUCCAGCCAGCAAAGGAGCGACCUGAGACUUCAGCAGCCCUAGCCAGAAGGUUAGUCAUCAGUGCCCUUGGAGUUCGAAGCAAGCAGAGCAAAACAGAACGAGAAGCAGAGCUCAAGAAACUGCAAGAAGCUCGAGAGAGAAAACGGUUGGAAGCCAAGCAACGAGAAGACAUCUGGGAAGGCAGAGACCAAUCUGCAGUUUGAACAUCACUCAGAGAGGGAUAAUUCCAUGAAGUCGAAAGUGUUUCUAUAGUCUUCAGAUAAGAGGAUCCUUCCAGAGCUGGGUACAUGCAGAUGUGCAUGUUAGAGAAAAAGCAAUCAAAGAAAGACUGACAGGGUAUAGAGAGAAGAUAGACUCCUAUCCUCACUCCUAAAUGCAGUUCUUUGGCAUUGCCCUACUGUGGUGGAUAUAAAUGGAGCCAUCAGCUGAAAAGAAACAUGGAAGACGUGGUGUCCAAGAGUCCUCUGGAAGUGGUCAUGUUAAUGUGAGUCACACUUCCCAAGAGGUCUGAAGCAAAUGCAGAACAGAACAGAGGAUUCAAACCCACAGUAAUGGGAGAUUUAGGCAAAGUAUUCCUCACAAAGCUGAGAACAGCACUACUGGGGGCAAGGGAAGGGGGCAAGUAGGGAGAGCUAGAACAAAAAGAAGACUGUCUGGUAUACUUUGCACACACAGAAUCUACACUGCCAGUUCCAGCACUCCAAAGUUGGUGAACUGCAGCAGAUGUGGGUAUUUGGACUCCCAAGUUUGUAAUGAGCUCAGUGCCUGGGGUUACUCCAACUGCACAGCAGCCAGGGGACUGCAACUUCAUUCCUCAUAGUAAGCCCGGGGAGCUACGUACCAGUUCCAAUUUAAGCAGCGAUAUGUUGUAAGAUGGAGACAUUAAAGACCAUUUUAUGACAUAUAUCAUUUUGGUAUUUAUCACUUUUGUCUUUCUCACAAAGAAACAGGAGAGUACUUUCUUCUCUUCAUGCCAGUAAUGUUAUGCAUGCUUUAAAUUGGAUCUGUUGCUUUUAUUGGACCCCAGUAAGUAGAGUCCAAUGAGCUGACCGUAUCUCUACCCCAAGGCAUAUUCUAAAAGUGACUAUCCUGGGAUUGGUAUGUGGUAGCUCCUUUCACCUUCUUGAACUCCUUGUGCAGAACCCUCAACUUUCCCAUCUCUGUCAACUCUGACAUCCUGCAGAAAACAUCUGGCACACAGCAUGUUCUUGGUAUAAUAUUCUCAGUCUGUGCCAGGGGUACUUGGCAAGCAGCACCACCCCAUCCAUUACAAUGACGAGCAGCCAGGAUGAAAUAAACACCUCUAGGCAAUGAGAGAUUUCCCAAAGGAUAGGGAUAAGCUUUAUCCAUCUCAUAUCUGCGUUCCUGGUGUUUUUGGAAAGUAGUUCCGUGCUGAAGAGAUGGUAGUAUAGGCCAUAAGGAGCUGAAGUUUCAGGAAGUGAUGUCUCAUUGUGCUGUUAACUAGGGCAAAAGCCGCUUUUUUUUUUUUUAAACUUAAUGUCCAUGACAAUGAUGGAUUA